GGCGUGGAGGCGUAGCCACCAUCGCUAACACAUUCCUCUUUCAGUCACCCCACAUACCUCUAACUCUACAUGCACUUGGCCAGCAAAAGCCCUGGAGCAUUGACCAAUUUUUGAUUUGAGCGGAAACUGAAGAUGGAUUGCUAUCCUAUUCGAAGACUGGUAAAAGCCAGUUGAUUCUGCUGUUGGAGACAUUUGUUGAGUGGGAGGACAUGGGAGGCAGAAAGGAAGUAGUGAGCAGGCUCGCUCCUAUGUCCAACUCUUCCAGGCAGUUUCUACGUCACACGCCGCUAAACAGACUCAGGCUCCGACUGACCCACAGCCCCCUCAGUAGUUUGCGAUCCAAAUCAAGCUCCCAAGCUACCAACAGGAGCCCCAGUCCCUCCGAGAUGAACGGUAAGCCUUGGGCCAGGCCAAGCUACCAGGACCAAGCUGCAGCUGAACACACACAGGACAAAUGUACAGCGUCCCACCAGGAACCACAACAACAGCACCCUGACAAACUGUGCCUGGACUCCUUCUGGAGUGAGGUGGAGACCAUACGCAGCCAAGAUAGCGGUUACAUUGACCUUGACACUGACAGCGCCAGUCGAGACUCCAGACACUCUGAAGAGGGAGAGCAAGAGGAGCAGUGGCUCCAGGAUGCAGGUCUGUCCACUCUGAUAAGACAGCAGCAGCAGAGACCAGACAGAGACAGAGACCGGGAACAGGACAGGGAAGACCAGGAUGUUGACCAGGCCAUCCUACUGUCCACUCUGACCCGUACGCAGGCCGCAGCCGUCCAGAGGAGGCUCGAUUCCUACACCCUGUCCCUGAGGAAGAGGAGCAAACCCCCGCCGCGCGACGUCAGGGACGUCUUUAGCUCAUCACCCUCCUCCAUUGCUCAGACGCCUCUACCAAAGUUUCAAGACCCUGACCCUAUAGAACCUAGCGCAUCUAUAUCAUCUAUACCAGAGGACAGCAUGGAGACUAUCACCAAGACCCUACGACAAGAGGUCAGCUUGGAGCAGCAGCAUGGAGGAGAUCCUAAAGAGGAUGUCUUCAUCACAGAAGUUGCAUACUGUGAACAGGCGGCCAUCUUGUUGAAACAGGCCAUGCUGCCACAGAUACAGAACAACGGCCGGAAGAGGAAGGAGGACGGCACACUGCCUAGGAUGACCUGCCCUCAGUGUCGUCUGGGUGUGACUCGUAUCCAUGACCUGUCCAAUCAGGACAUGAAGAAAGUUCGUCAGCUGGCCCUCAUCGAAAUGACAGCGCUCUGCGACCUGCUGGAGCUCGACGUGAAGAGACACAAAAUCUGCAAGAGGAAGAUACUAGAGAGCGCCUUGUAUGGGGUCCCCUUGGCCAUGCUGUUGGAGAAUGAUCAGAAAAUCAAUCCCACUGCCACCACUCCUCUCAUCCUGCAGGCGCUGCUCUCUUUCCUGGAGAAGAGCGGAGUAGACUCAGAAGGCAUCCUGCGGGUUCCAGGCUCUCAGUCCAGAAUCAAGAAGUUGCAGCAGGAUCUGGAGCAGAACUUCUAUAGUGGAGGAUUCAGUUGGGAAGAGGUCAGCCCCAACGAUGCUGCAGCGCUAGUGAAGAAGUUUAUUCGAGAGCUGCCUUCUCCACUGCUCACCACAGAGCACCUCAACGCGUUCAGCGCUGUCAGGGACAUCCCUGAGCUGAAACAGAAGCUACAUGUUCUGAACCUUCUCAUUCUUCUUCUGCCUGAACCCAACAGAAACACACUAAAGGCUCUGUUGGAGUUUCUGAGUAAGGUGGUGUCCAGAGAGAGGAGGAACCGUAUGAACCUGUGGGCUGUGUCCACCAUCAUGGCCCCUAACCUGUUCCUCCACAAAGCCGUGCCCUCCCGCCUCACUGACGGGGGGCCAGGGGUGGAGAAGGGACAGGCCGAGAAGGCUGCUGACAUCAUGAGGCUCCUCAUACGCUACCAGGACUUGCUCUGGACCAUCCCCAACUUCCUGAUGAGCCAGGUGCGAAAACUGAAUGAGAACCGUAACCGGAGGUACCAGUUCUACGACCGACGCAUCAAGAACCUGCUGAGGAAAAUACACCAAGACAGCAAGGACAAACCUGACAAGAACUCAUCAGAGCCGUGUCGUACAGUGAAGAUCCAGGUGGGAGAUCUGAUGAGCAGCACCAUGGAGGUGCAGGUUAACAUCAGCUCUAGGGCUUCAGACCUGCUGGCUCAGUUCCACAGGCACCUCUGCAGCUCUGACAACACCAAGAGGAACGGUUCGGUAUCCCACCCAGACUGUGCCAUCUAUGAAGUGGGAGGAAAUAUCGGUGAACACUGCCUAGACCCAGAGACCCAUCUCCUGGACCUGUACAACACCAACCCCAGUGGGGAAUGGGUCAUCAAACUGAAACCACUGGUCACCACCAGGGGGCUGCACCAAUAAGAGACAGCCGCAGGCAAAGGGAGAGACCAGUAGGGAUCUUCAAGAGCCAGCCAGAGGAGGAGAGAGACCAGGAGGAGGAAGUUGCUGCUGCUGUUAAAAAAACAAACCACCUCAAUAUUGAGCCCUCUCAUUGAGCCUUCUCUCCCCCUUUCCUCUGCUCAAUGCAGGGGAGGCCAGACUAGGAGGUGCAAAGCAGAGAGAGACAGAGAGGGGGAGCUACUGCUCAAAAACACUCCACCUCCACACCUUCAGAUGGAAGAGAGGCUGAGGCUUCUUCUUGGCUUGGCAGCUCUCAGCCAAUCACCUCCCAGCAUCCGCAGGAACCCAGAUGGGGAUCUGAUGCACCGCUGCUUACAACAGCAGCCACAGAGUCUCUCUCACUCCCUCUCUCUCACUCUCUCUUUCUUUUUGCUAGCUCUCCAUUCCUUCUUCUCAGACAUUUGAUCACAAAAGGAAUGGGAGUGGAACAUGUACAGUAUAUCUGUUUUCCUUUUUUGUCUCUUUCACAGAGGGACAGUCAGAGACUCUAAUGAGCUGAUAGCCCCAUGUCCUGUCCCUUCUGUAUGACUUUGGCUCUGUUCUUUCUGGGGCCUUUGGGCCCUGUCCCUGUAGACUCUCAAUAAGAGCCCUAAUCAGAGCAGAGGACAGAGAUCCUUCUUCUCUUUAAGGGGUCAAAGGUCAGCCUUUAGGACAUUACUACUGGACCCCAUAAAGGGAACCGUUGUUUAAUAACAGAGAGUGAAGCUGGACUUCGUUUCUGUUUUCUCAUUUUUGUUUUUGAUGAAUGAAGGAUUUUAAGUAUUGAAUCUGGCGAUGGAUUGAUUGACUAUUUAUAAUUGAUUGGAUGUGUCUAUCUGUAUGUACGUGUAUGUAGUCAUGAAUGUUGUCCUUUGAAAUGAAUAGGUAUGUUUGUUGCUGAAAUAGUUAGUAACAUAAGUCAUGUGAGCUCAUCCAGUCUUUUUGGGGGCUUUUUACAGUGUUAUUGCUCUUAUACAGUACCUUGGUUGAUGAGUUGUAUUUUGAUGCACUUCUGCAUCCCUCUUUUUCUAUUUCUAUUACCCAUUUGUCAUCCGUUCCUCUUUAAAAUACAUGUCAUACAGUUCCAGUCAAAAGUUUGGACACGCCUACUCAAGUGUUAAACAAAUCAAAAUAUAUUUUAUAUUUGAGAUUCUUCAGACUGUUGGAAAAGCAUUCCAGGUUAAGCUGGUUGAGAGAAU